AUGGAACAAUCUCUUUUAUCGGAACAAAGAAGUGAAUUGGCUGAGAAUCAGAAUGAAAAAUGGAGCUCGUAUCAGUACGUGGGUCGAACAGGUUCUGCAAUUCCCACUGCUUCGUUGGCUGGAACUGAGGUAAGUGUUGAUGAAAUUCGAUCUGCUGCUGCUGUUUCUUCUUCGGCGGGUUAUUAUCCUCCUUCUCUUCAUGGGGCUUUGGUUGGAUCACCUGAGCCUGAUCCUGCAGUGCAAGCUCUUGUUUAUCAAGGCGGAUAUGGAGGAGAUUAUGGAGAAGCCAGGCCUGAAUCCCGGAGGGAAACCUUGGAUGAAGUAGAGAUACGAGAGUUGCUGAUUGAUCACGUUGGUCAUCAUUGUUGUUGGGGUAGUCGUCCUGCUCGAACAUGGAAGAUUCAUGCAGUGGAAGACUGUAACGUUUAUGUUGGAACUCUCGAUACGUUUAUCGAAGAAAGAGAGAUCGUAAAAGAGACAGAGCCAUACCUUGGUGGCAGUAUUGAUGGUAAGGAUAAUGGACCGGCACUUAGUAUUUGGGAAUUGGAUCUAAGAUCUCAGUUCCCUGUUCUAUUUGUACCACACAAAGAAGUCCGUGAAAAAAUUCCCCAUUCGGAAAUUAUUGAAAAAUGCUCAGGUUGUGCCGGACGAGGAGGAAUAGUCUGUGGUACUUGCAAUGCCGACCAAGAACCUGGACAUUAUAAAGAAAAUCAGAUGACUCAGUGUCCUAGUUGUUAUGGAAGGGGUUUGAUUGCUCAUAAAGAUGGUUCUGACACUAUAUGUGUGAAAUGUAAUGGUAAAGGGAAGCUUCCUUGUGCAACUUGUGGAUCUCGUGGAUUACUUAAAUGUGAAACGUGUAAUGGAAGUGGUUCUCUUUUAGCACGCAGUGUAGCCAUUAUUAAGUGGAAGACACUUUCAACUCGGAAAGUAAAUGCAACAAGAGGAGCAGCAUCAGUACCGGAUGAGGUUUUCCAUAGAUCCCAAGGGGUUCAAUUAUGCAACACACAGGCUUACCAAUGCACUCCUGCCUUUUUUGCUGAUUCUUUUUUUCUCAACAAGUUCUCUUCUGAAGUCAUUGCUGAGAGAGCUCAAGUGCCUACCACUGCAAGGGUCAUUUGCGAGAGACAUACAAUUUCAGUUGUUCCGGUAACUCGCGUCACCAUGUCUCAUCGCCGGCAAUCCUUCAGUUUCUAUAUUGUAGGGUAUAACAGGGACGUUUACUUAAAGGAUUAUUACCCCUCUAGAUAUUGUUGGGGCCUGUGCCCUUGUUUGGAAUGGUUGAAGUUGUAA